GGAAGUUGGGCGGUACUGCUGUUUUGCUGUCGAGUCACCUCUGUCAGGAUGGAGGCAAACGAACUGUUAUCAUGCUGAAAAACGAAGGAUCCUGACAACCGAGCAUCGUCUACCCGGAUAGUUAGAAAUAAACCAGCGUCAAUCUUCUCCACUAUUGUACCUUUUCUAUAAACGCUUUGUUAAAAUGAUGGAAGAAAUCGACCGGUUCCAAGUACCCCCAGUCAACGGAGAGACGCAGCCUUUGGUGCUGUGAGCCCAAAAGAUCGCGUGAACAGGAGCUCCGUCCACAUCGAUACUGCAGACUGCAACCCUCAGGAUGGCUAGCCCAAGCAGGCCCAUAGACCCCGCAGCAUCCUCCAGCUCGGAGGCUGACGCUGACGCCAAGGGAGAGACCGUGGCCAUGAACUACAAGCCCUCACCACUGCAAGUCCAAAUAGAGAAACAGAGGGACCAUGCCAGGAAGGGAUCAGUGAAGAAUGGCACCGUGGGAAGUCCUGUCAAUCAACAACCCAAGAAGAAUGCUAGGACAAGGUUGGUGGUUCCAAACAAAGGCUACUCGUCUUUGGACCAGAGCCCAGAUGAGAAGCCCCUGGUGGCACUGGACACUGACAGUGAUGAUGACUUUGACAUGUCCAGAUACUCCUCAUCAGGAUACUCCUCAGCCGAGGUGAGAUGUCUGAGGGACCAGCAGAUCAACCAGGACCUGAACAUCCAGCUCCUGAAGGACGGGUACCGGCUCGACGAGAUCCCCGAUGACGAGGACCUGGAUCUGAUCCCCCCAAAAGCCGUCAACCCCACCUGCAUGUGCUGUCAAGCUGCUCCCUCCACAGCUUGUCAAAUCCAAUAGCGCCCCCCCCCCCCCUCAACCCCCAUCCCCUUCCCGCCUGCCACCUGCACUGAGGCUCAACUGGCAGUGGCACUAAGGGAAAACAACGGUCAGAAAUGAUAAGUUAGGAGAUGGAGAAAGGUGAAGUCGUGGGAGAUGUACAGUACCCGUGCACGCUCCUCCUAUGGUAGGACCUGUGCAUCUUACUUCUGCGCUGUUGCUUCGGCGAGGACUCGACUGAUCGCAGAAACAUUGCCCCUGAGGGAAACGUGUCUUCGUUACAUCUCAUGCUUGUGGAUAUUUUGGUUUACGGGGACCCUGAGGGAAGAACAGCGCGUCAGUUGGAGGAUCCAAAAUGGUGAUGAGGUGACAUUACCGUGACAGCGCAUCAUCAAUGGAGUCCACUUCUGCUACUGGUGUGUCAUUGAAAGUGUCAAAACGAAAGACAGGAGGAGAUUGGAAGCGUUGUUGUGGCCAUUGUUUUUUCUUUGUCUUUCUCAUUUCUCUUUCAGCCAGUCUGCUUUGUCUUCCUGUGUGUAAAUACGUGUCAGCCAUGAAAAUGACAUGAGUGUGUCUUAUUUCGUCCUAGGGAGUAGUGCUUAAACCAUCAAGCUGCUGGUGAAACACUAAUGCUCACAUUUAUGACACAAUGGGAGUAAUCCCAGAUUUUAGUUUGUCUGUUCCACAACAGUUGUUCAGUUUAAAACUAAAAAAACAAAACAGUUUUGCAUGUUGCCUGUGAACACGGCGUCCUACUAACCGGCUCGUGCAGAUGAUUUAUCAGUCUUUGUCAACUUCUCAACGCACCCUCGUGCUGAAGAGACAAUAUGCGCGGCGUGCUUUUGAAAAAACAUGGACCCACUAGUAUUUCGGUCCAUCCACAAGCGGCUCACGAGUUACUGCUUACUUCCUUUUGAGGAGUGGGUGUGUAAGAGGAACACAGCGGCCGUCACCACCGGGGAAUGUGGUUACAAAAAAAUAAAAAUAACAAUAGUUAGAGGGUUAGAAAAUGAGCAAAUACAUAGAAGCUUUGGCUGUACCUGUGUUAUGGUUUCUCAAGAAUGUCCUUAAAGUAGUUCCACAUCACUCGGAUGGAAAUAAAAAAGAUUUUUUUUUUUUGUACAUCUGUGCAUAUUCCCCCUUCACUUAUAUUAUGAGCUGUUUGAUUUGGGGACCGUGUAUGUAGCACCGGACACAGCUGUGUAUUGUCGAUGCUUUAUGCCAAUGGAUGUUUUCCACUGAUGUUGAGUAGGAAGUUAUUUGUAAUGUUUACAUCACACCACGUUAGAUCUACAGAUGAUAAAAGUCACUUGCAUGAGAAUCUGUUUUAAAACAAAUGACACAGAACAAUAGACCCCAAAAAACACAAAAUGCACAUGUUACACCUAAAAAUAUAUUUUCUAAUAAUAAUAACUAAAACAUAGAUAGACAUGAAUCUUUUAGAGCUCUGUUUGUUUAGUGUGUGUGUGGAGAAUUCCAGAUCUGAAAGCAGAGGAAAAAAAGGAAGCAUUUUUCAAUUAAUUUCAGUUUGUGAAUCGAGAGUAAAGAAGCUACUUGGAAAGGGAAACAAGAAAGACUCAUUCAAUCUAUUUACCUGUAAGAGGGCCUCUCCUUCCUGUCACCACCUGGUUAAACUGCCCCAACGCUUCCACAGCAUUUGAGUUACAAAAGAAAACAAGCAUUAAAACAAGUUCCAGGUGCCAUGUGUGUAGAUGAUAAAAUGACUUUAUUAAGUAGAAAAAUACCAGAAUAGAAGAGUAGGUCAAGUAUUAUGUCACUUAUGCAGCUACUAGCUGAGGUGUGUGUUUGACCAGUGGUUGUUUGCACUUCACAUUAACAUGUAGGGACUGACUGUAAAUGACUAUGGUGCUGAUAUUUUCUGUCUCUCAUUAACGUCAUCCAUAUAGACUCACACACGGGCCGUGGCGGGCGUGCGUGUGUGUGUGCGAGCGCCAUUGUCGUCUCACUUGGGUUGUAGCUUCACUAAUCUAUUGAUUUCACAGUGUCAAUCGAUGCGUUGUAACAAAAGCUAUUUAUUUGAAGUUAUGUGACUUUUAAGUUAUUUUUUAAGAUGGGAUAUAUUCAUGUGCAGACAUUUUUUUUAUUUAAUUUUUUGUCACGUGUUAUGAUGAUUGUGAACUGGUUCCAUUUAGAUUUUAACAGUGUCAAAGUUCUGUGUAUAGUGCAACAUAUCGAAAAAUAAAUAUUGGAUAUCUGAAGUGUGA